UUCAGAACUUCCAUUAUAAUCUGAGAUAGGAGCGUCAUGCAGUGAAAACAGAGCAGAUGUCUGAUGAAAUUUCUCGGGACCUAGCCUAAAAAAAGAGAUAAGAAAACGCGUAAAAUCUCGAUUGAGUACACCGCAUUUCCCCUCUCUUUCAUCUUCAAUCGAAACCCUUGUUAGACCUUCAGUUCUCUCCCCAUCAUCACCACCGAGUUGUCUCAGCGACUCAACAAUGGCGCCUGUGAGGCCCAAUCCGACGCUUUCAAGCGAUCUACUCACCGAGAUUCUGAAACGCCUGCCAGUGAAACCCUUAGUUCAAUACCAAUUAGUCUCCAAGACGUGGUUAUCGCUAAUCAAAGACCCUGCUUUUGCCGAAGCUCAGCUCCGUCACGCAAUCUCCACCGGAACCGAUGAAACCCUUAUCAUCACCCGUUAUCUCGAUCUCCGUGGUGGUCUUAGACAGAAAUUCUCACUCUUUAACAUAGACUCUUGUGAAAUAAUGCGUGAUGUUAAGUAUCCGUGUCCUCGAAAUGAGCCUAUAAGAUCUGAGCGUUAUUUUAGACUUGUUGGUUCUGCUAAUGGCAUUGUAUGUGUUGCUAAUUAUGAUUUUCACCCUGAUGUUCAAGAGUUUUGUGACCCUGUGUUUCUUUGGAAUCCCGCAGUUAGACAAACUAAAAUUCUUCCGCCACUUCCGGUUGGUGAAUUGUAUGAUUUGGGGUUCGGUUAUGAUCCGGUGGAUCGGGAUUAUAAGGUUGUUUUUGUUGCUAGAAAUCCUUGUCUUUCGGUGGAGGUGUAUUCGGCUAAUAGUAAUGUAUGGCGAAAAGUGGCUUCUCCGAUUCCAACAGCCCUUAUUGAUCGUUUUUGCUGUACGUUCCAUGUAUGUGUUAAUGGAUUUUUAUGUGGUGCGGGGGAUUGGGGGAUGAUUGGUAUGAUGGUGGUGUUUGAUUUGAACAGGGAGGUGAUGAAUUGUGCUAUUAAGCUUCCUGUUGAUGGUGGUCGUGAUGAUGGUGACGACGAUGAUGAUGAUGACGACGACGAAGAUGAUUAUGAUGAUGAAUAUGGUUUCGACUAUGACAGCGAUGGGUCUUAUGAAGCUGAAGCUAAUACUCGUAUAAUCGAGUUUAAUAAGUCUAUUGGUGUUAUUGUACUGUGGGCUAAUGCAUUGGAUUAUGAAUUGUCUGAUUGGAGAUGGAACAAGAAGGUUGAAUUGUGGAAGUUGGAUGAUGAGGCAUGCCUUCGAGGUGGUGGAGACGAGGCAUCAUGGACGCUAAUGUUUAGUCUUAAAUUCGAUAGACCAGCACUACUCCGUAAUGGCUAUUUCAGCAAUGGGAAUCUCUUAUUAUCAGUACGAAGUGAUAGUUACAUGUGGAUUUCAUGUGAUGUCGAUAAGAAAGUUGCCAAGAUUGUCCCCCUUUCAGAUGAGAUGGCUGACUGUUGUUACUGUUAUGAUAUUUGCAAGUAUACAGAGAGCCUAGUUUCACUUGCAGGAUUCAAACAAAUUAGCUGGAAUGCUGGCGAAGAUGAUAAUUAAGAAGACACUGCUGAUUCUGGUAUCGAUGUGCUAGAUAUUGAUUGCAGCAACUCUGUUCUUGUAGUCUUCUUUGGUCUGGUUUUGUAGUCAGUUCUAUUUGCAAUGUCAAUUUGCACUGUGUUGUCAAUUUUACAUCCGUAUUACUGGAUUCAAUCCAGUCAACUAUGUUGGUAAUAAUAUUUUUGCGAACUCAUAGACUUGCAUAAUGAUGUCUUGUGUUGCACUCAGGCAUAGGAACUCCAACAGAUUAUUGAAGUUUUUUUUUGAGGA